GUGUUGCCUCGGGGUGCGGGUGCGUGUUGCCUCGGGUCUUGCAGGGGUCUGUCGCUGCUGUGUAAAUGUGGGCAAGUGGAGCUGAAUAUGCCCUUGUGCAAUGCAGCUGGAUCUCAGUGCACGUGUUUCCCCCCGCCGUGUUUUAUUGAUACUCAGUGAAUUGCUCAGUGGCGGGUACGUACGGAUAGUGCAUCCUCUGCAGUUUGUUGCACUGGAUUUUUUUUUUUUUUUUACCACUUUACACACAGGGGCGGGCACUUUGCACCGGGAAAUUGGAAGCUGCAACGAAAUGCAGCACGCAUGCACGACAGUAAUGUGCCACUGAUCUGUAUCAUGCACCUGACAUGACAUGAUGUUGCCUCACAGUCACACAGGACAUUUAAACUGUGUUGCUUUGUAAACUGAGCUCCGGGUCCCACCGUGGACCCGUGAAGGAGCUCCCAGUAAUCUGGGGAUUUCUUUUCAGUUUGCUCUUUAGGAAUUAGGAUGAUGUCUGCUUUGAUCACAGGAUUUCCAGAUUAAUUGAUCAGUCAGUGGAUAGGAAAUUAACCAGCAAUAAGGCUUCUGAUUGUUGAUGACUCAUUUGGGUCAUUUUUCAAGAAGAAACACAGCAAACAAUUGCUGGUUCUGGUUUGUCAGAUAAGAGGAUUUGCAGCUUCUCUGUUUGUUUGCAAAUGAAAUAUCUUUGGCUUUCGGACUAUUGGAUGCACAAGAAAAGCAAUUUAAAGAUGUUCACUUGGUCUCUGAUUACAUUUUUUUAAAUGAUCUCAUGUAGCUCCGGUGAGACGUCGGACAUUGCGAGCACAGGCUGGCCCAGGUCCCGUUGAUGCUGGUGGGCACCCCCCAGUACUCUCCCUGUCACCUGCUCUUGCAUCGCUCCCAUCCCCCCGCCAGCCAUGGCUACGAGCAGUGACCCUGGCUGUGAGAGGCUGGACCCUGACUCUGACAAACAGACCAACAGUCUCAUGGACAACAUGGCUGCCAUGACGACAAAAGACUCAGGCGGCUCAGCUGCCAAUGGCGUGAGGAAUAGCGGGGCUCAGCAGGACUGGGGUCAGGCCAAGAGAACUCAUCCGCUGCGCCCUCAUCUGACUGGAAGGAAGUUGUCGCUGCAGGAGAGAGGCACCUACCUGUCCUCAGGCUCUGGAGGAGGCUUCACACAUAUCUCCCCCCGAGUGGCUCGCAGGCCCACAGUGGAGUCUAAGCGUGUGUCUAUAUCAGACGCUCAGGACUGUAUCCAGUUGAACCAGUAUAAGCUGAAGAGUGAGAUUGGAAAGGGCUCCUACGGUGUGGUCAAGCUCGCCUACAAUGAGGAUGAUGAGAAACAUUAUGCCAUGAAGGUGGUGUCCAAGAAGAAGUUAAUGAAGCAGUGUGGGUUUCCACGUCGCCCACCCCCCAGAGGUCCCAAGGCAGCCCAGGGACAGCAGCCCAAAAUCUUAGGACCCCUGGAGAGGGUCUACCAGGAGAUCGCCAUCCUUAAAAAACUGGACCACAUCAACAUUGUCAAGCUGGUGGAGGUGCUGGAUGAUCCUGCGGAGGACAACCUUCACAUGGUGUUUGAGCUGAUGCGUAAAGGUCCAGUGAUGGAAGUGCCCGCGGACAAUCCUCUGUCAGAGGAGCAGGCGAGGUUAUACUUCAGAGACGUCAUCCUGGGCAUAGAGUACUUGCACUACCAGAAGAUUGUCCACCGGGACAUCAAGCCUUCUAACUUGUUACUCGGGGAUGACGGCCAUGUGAAGAUAGCAGACUUUGGGGUCAGCAACCAGUUUGAGGGCAACGAUGCUUUGCUGUCCAGCACGGCCGGCACUCCCGCCUUCAUGGCACCAGAGACCUUGUCAGAUCAGCGCAAGAGCUUCAGCGGAAAGGCUCUGGACGUGUGGGCCAUGGGAGUCACUCUCUACUGUUUCGUCUUUGGGAAGUGCCCAUUUAUUGAUGAGUACAUAUUGGCUUUGCACAACAAGAUAAGGACCAAGCCUGUGGACUUCUCAGAAACACCAAACAUCAGUGAAGAGCUGCGGACUCUGAUCUUACGGAUGCUGGAUAAGAACCCAGACACCAGGAUCACCAUCCCUGAGAUCAAGAUGGACCAGUGGGUGACCCAGGGCGGCACCGACCCCUUGCCUCUGGAGGAGGAGCACUGCUCUGUGGUGGAGGUGACCGAGGAGGACAUCCAGAACUCAGUCAAGUUUGUCCCCAGCCUCUCUGCAGUGAUCUUAGUAAAAGCCAUGCUGAGGAAGCGCUCCUUCAGUAACCCCUUUGAAUGUCCGAGCAGGAGGGAGGAGAGGUCCAUGUCUGCGCCCGGCAGCCUGCUCAUGGACUCGUGGCCCUUCCGGCCCUCUUUAAAACUUCACCCCUCCCUCAGAAAGUGCAGCACAGGAGACGGACCCAGAGAGGGAGAGCUGGAGGACCUGCAUGAAGACGAGCCCUCCUCUUGAGUCUCCCGUCCGCAGAGCUUUGUCUUGAACUCCGUCCCUUUACGUCCCUUUGCUUGAACCGCUGUGCACUCACCCCUUCGUCCUCCAAACCAGUGACGCACUACGGGCUUCUCCGUCCGUGCACCGAGGAAACACUCAAGGUCAUUAUUAUAUCCAAAGGAGGAAAUGGGUGGAGGACUGUGGGAAGGCGAGUCUGUACAUAAUACGAAGUCAGGGAUGACUGGAGCCGCUGCUGUGUCUUCUGUGACUGUCCUGACGUGUGUGUUGAAGAUGCCUGCUGUCUCUGUGUUUCUGGACGUCAGUCUCGUGCCGUCCUGUGCAUUUCUCUGAAUGUACUCACUCGCCUGCAUAAGUCGCUCAUAUGAAAAACAGACGCAUGGCACGUCCCUAUGGAAUGCAGUUGUUACAAUGUAAAUAUGUACCAAUAUAUAUAAAGAAGCUAUUUUUUGCAUGCUUUUUGUACACCUACACAUAACCAGACAAUAAAAAAAAUAAAAAAAUUUGAAUCCUU